AUGGGACAAGAAAAAAUCACGCUUUUUUGCCCACAAGGCCCUAGCAAAGACGAUGAGGAUUCUGCAUUGGUGCAAGCCAAAUGGCUCCAUGUUCAACGUUCUUCGAUGAGCGUAAAGGUUCUGGAAAAACUCGUCAUGGACUGCCCAAUAAUUAAUGGAGAUAUUCGAAGAGUCGCCAUCUUACUACUUGAAACUGUCGAAAGGUCUUUUCUCCGAGAAGCAGAGAAUGGAGCAUACAUCGAGCCGGGCUCGGUUGUGCGUUUUACUGGCACCCGUCACAUGCCUCACGACUCGCGCAAUUUUGUAGUCACAGAACCUGUCAUUUUUAUUGCGUUCCCAUUUGCGGAGUUGGCGUCGUCGAGAAAUACCCACGGGUCUCGUGAAAGAGAUGAAUACUAUCCUCGAACUCUCCUUCAGAAUCUUUACGGAUUUGAUGUCGUAACAAGCAGGGGCAAGCAUCAAGUUAUACACAAGAUGUCGGCGGGCAACCGACCAACGGACGAUUUGCUUGGUGGCUCAAUUGAGAAGCGUACCGACUAUUUCAAGCAACCCUUAAGAAUUGAGGUUAUCGACACAAAUGGUUCACAGCAUAGCAUGAGUAUAUCGUCAAAGACGCCAUGGGUAGAUCUCUUUCGACAUGUGAUAUUUACUGUUCACGGCAAUCUCAUGAGUAUUAUGGACUAUGAGCUAGUAGACGAGGCAGACGAAGUAAUAACGGCUGAAAGAUGGGUCGAAAUCGCAAAAGCAACGAAGCCAUCGGUACUUAAAUUUUAUCUUAUCGAGCGAAAGACCCCAGCAUCGCGCUCAUCGAGUGUUUCUAGUCGGAUCAGCAAUCGUUCGGGCAUUAGAAGACUUUUAUUACUUGAUUACGCACAUCGCGACCGUCGCCACAGCUCAAAAGCCAGCACAUCACGCCAUUCUGAGGAUAGACAUGCAAGGCCUCCCAUCAGCACUCGAUCGUACAGCGAGCCCGCCGAGACCAAAGAUCAAAGAUCCGGAGCAGAAGCCAAAAUUUACUUAAACCCCGAAAAUAAGAGUCUCCCUACAAUCAUCACGCUUGACAGCAGCGACGAAAAUUGGUCAAAGCCUGAGCAAGGUACCACAUCGAUGCGCGACUCUCAAGAUGUGAGCAAUCAUACUAAAGAAAUUCUCACGCAUCUCGAUGAUCAGUUUUCCUACCUUGGUGACGACGGCAAAGUCAAGACAUCCGAAGAAGAGGCUUCAGAUGUAUUAUUGCUGAAAGAUACACUCAGCUCCACUAAGGAUCCCAACAUUCAAAAGGGAGAUGAUGAGUUACGUGAACACGAAGAGACACCUGCAAGCCAAUUAAAUAGACCAGCAACAGCAUAUCAAAAGGUUCAUAUAGAGGAUGGAUCUGAGUCUUCUGAUGAGGACAACAUCGAUAAACACGCAUACGAUGACCCAGCUCAGGCCACUUUACAAGAUACGACUUCCGAGCUCAACUUAGACGAUGAUUUGAUGCUAAAGAGCCAAAGAAACCAUUUCUAUCCGUUUAUCUCCCCUAAAUUCGGCAAUCAGGAAAACGCAUCAGAGAAAAGACAUUCUCUAAGAAAUAGUGCCAGCUUUUCACGGAGCGAUUCAUAUAAAGAGUUUCGCUCACGAUCUCGUUCUCUCUCAAGCUCCACAGAAGAUUCCUUCUAUUCGCGUGGAAGAACUCGUACGCGGAAAAGACGAGCUUGGAAGCGGGACAGUCCAAAUUUGGCCCACGAUUCUUCUUCGAGACCAGGAGUCCGGUUUCACCCCCAAAUAGAAUACUCUGACUACCACGAAAAUGCAGAGAUGUCUCCUUACGGUAGUUCAAAUGCUACCAAAGUGGAAACAUUGCCCGUACAAACAGCUGUGCCAUUCUUUUUCUGGAAGCAAGGCAGCGCGAUAGGUACAUUCUCAUCGAACGAUAAUCCAGAGCAGACCCUGAUUAAGCUUCUUGAUCAAAUCGAUGAGCGGAUGUCCGAUGAUCCUAUUAGCAGGUACUAUUCAAAAGUUCCAGAAUUGACUAUGGAUGAUGUAUUAUCGAGACAGGAGUCGCUCCACGAGCCAGUUUUGGGACAGGACCUGGACAUCAGUCAGGGUGAAUCCAUCCCGCCGAACAGGCUGAGUGCUCAAGAAACUGUGGAUUUGAGGGCGGCCAACAUAUUAAGGCUCCAUUCCCCUGCAAAUCAAGCUGAAAAGCUAAAUAGAGAGAGCGAAGAGAACAAUGCUGAACCUUUGGAAGCGCUCGGCACAAGCGUGGACAACGAUCCGACAAACUCUGAAGUUCAGAGAAGCGACACUAAGCCCACAUCUGACGAUGCAUACAAUUCGACAAACAGCUCAACAAGCCGACGUUCAAAUGUAGAAACAAAUUUUUACCAAACGCAGGCUCUUGGUCUCAUAAGCCACGACAAAACACUUGUUAAACAACUAGUUGGCAUGAGCCAGCAGAUUGUAUGGUCGUUCAUACCAAACACCGGCGGGUCGAGAAUACAUACCUUGAUGAAACGACUUUGGGGUUGUGUGGAUAUAAUGUGCCUGCAACUUCUCUGGGAAGAGAGCCAGAGAGGACACGAUUCUGAGUGCACAUACAUCAUACGUAAUUUCUCGAGCCAGGUCAAGAAAAUGGAUAACAAAAAACGAAAACCAAUCUCAGGCAAGAUACACUAUUUGGUUUGUGGAGAUUGCAAGGACGCGACGCCUUACCAAUCAGCUAGGGAUGCCCUGGAUCAUUUGCACGAAAAACACAUUGACUGCCAGCAUGGUGGUUCCGAUCGGCCAUAUGACGACCCUUGCUAUGUAUGGUUGCAUCGCAUUUGGCACGAUGGAUACCCUAUGCGAAGUUCACGAGAUGGGCUCCUGGGGAUCAUGGAAGACUUCAUCGAGGAGCUUUCUUAUAUCAGUGACUACGUGAGAGAAUUGCAUAAUAUGACGGCGAGAGAUUCUUCAACGAGCGAUGCAGUAUCCACACCUCCUCUGUCAGGGAAUAUUACACAUGCAUUCCAACAAAUUGUCAAAAUGUUCGUCUUUCGCUCCAAACAAUUGUCUCUUGUCAAUCGACGGCGAGACUUGAUCAGUGGAAGUUCACUAGAGAACUUUCCGUUGAUUCAACGAAUUGAUCGGAAGAUUGAAGAGCUUUUGUCCCUGGAAAUGGAUGCAAACGAACGCAUCAUAGACCUUUUAGAGAGCGCCAAGAAAGACAUAUUCCUAUCUGGCAUUGGAUCUCAUUCGGAGAUGCUCGAGGCUGAGAGUGUCCGAGUCCAAUUUCUCGCCUUGGCAUUCAUGUCAGGCAUCCAACGGCCUCUGCUGCAGCCAUCUUUUAUGGGUCGCUCUUAUGUGAAGGAUAUUCUUUUGCAGCUGUAUAAAGAGUACACUUCUCGGCUUCAUUUCCAAGCUAAUAACCGGCCUCGGAAACGGGUGUUCUUGGAUAUUCAUGGCCUCGAGGAAGAGCUUCAAGCGUUGGAUAAAUUGGUCGACAGUCAAGAAAGCUGUCUGUACAAUGUUUUGACUGUUAUCGAUCCUCUCACUUCUCGAUAUACUACGGAGACGCGACUCCGAGAAUUUCGAGCAGAGGUUCAAUACGGCAAUGUUCAAUUACACCAACUGAUAGACAGACGGCGAGAAAUUGACAAUUUGGCGACAAGACUGUGGAUUUUGAAGGACCAGGUGAAACAAACGAUUGAGAUCAUGGAAGAAGACCAUGGAAAAGCGAUCCGAGUUUUUACUGUCGUUACUCUAUUUUUCCUGCCGCUGUCAUUUGUGUCCAGCUUCCUCGGCAUGAAUACGGUAGACGUGAGGGAUUCAAAUUGGAACCAGCAGAUCUUUUGGAUUACCGGAGUACCGAUGACGGUAGUAGUCUUGUCUCUGGCAUGGGCUUAUGGGUACAAAGGUGAAGAAAUCCGCGACUGGAUGAUUCACAGAAUGCAAGAUCAAAGUCAUCAAUAUUCGCCAUCAACAUUUCACCAUACGAAUGGUCGGACAUCGCUCGGGACACGAUGGAAGGAAUUGAAUCCAGCGACCGUGGUGAAGCAAGAUAGAACGGAUAGACAAGACUUUAAGACUCUGAUAAGGAGCAAAGUCCGGAAUGUACCUGGCUGGCGGCGCAGCAAUAACGAAAAUUUUAAAGGGCUUGAUGGGUCCGACGAGAGAUUUGUGAUGAGAAGACGAAAUACAGAAGAUAGCUUGGCACCUAUGAGAUGCUGA